AGUCAUUCCUUGAUCUUCUUCAGCUCCAACACCUGAGCCAGCCUCUUCAGCGUUUUACAAACAUAUAACUUAAAGACUCAGCAGUACUAGAGCCCUUUACAAAAUGAUCUCUUCAAAAUUACCAACUUUGUUGUUGCCAUUGCUUUGCGGCACGGUGGCAGCGUCCCCCUUUUUACCUUCUCCGAAUUUAUAUCCUCGUGCAGCAUGUUCAGGAAACACUGCUACCACCAGGAAUGAGUGGUGUGACUUCUCCAUAGACACCGACUAUACCACUGAGGUUCCUGAUACUGGAGUAACUAAGGAGUAUUGGUUGGAUAUAACCGAUGUGACUGUGUCACCGGAUGGAGUUUCUCGCUCAGCUAUGGCUGUUAAUGGUUCAUUUCCAGGACCAACCCUCUUUGCAGAUUGGGGUGAUACAGUUGUGGUUCAUGUUACCAAUUCCAUGACUACCUCUAACAAUGGCACUUCUAUCCAUUUCCACGGCAUUCGUCAGAAUUAUACAAACGAGCACGAUGGUGUCGUUUCCAUCACCCAAUGUCCAACCGCGCCCGGAGAUACGCGGACUUAUACUUGGAGAGCAACCCAGUACGGAACAACUUGGUACCACUCGCACUUUGCGCUUCAAGCAUGGGAAGGUGUUGCCGGAGCCAUCAUCAUCAAUGGGCCAGCUACCGCAAACUAUGAUGAAGAUAUCGGGACCAUAAUCCUAUCCGAUUGGAGUCACCAAACGGUUGAUCAACUCUGGACCCAGGCACAGACCAGUGGUCCUCCGACGAUGGAUAAUGGGCUUCUCAAUGGCACUAACGUUUAUAAUGACACCGGUUCGAGACUUCAAGUGUCUUUCACUUCCGGGACCUCCUAUCGAAUCAGGCUCAUCAAUACCGCUAUUGAUACCCACUUCAAAUUCUCUAUUGAUAACCACACAAUGCAGGUCAUUGCAGCUGACCUUGUUCCGAUACAACCUUACGAAGCGACGGUAAUCAACGUUGGUAUUGCGCAACGUUAUGACGUUAUUGUUACUGCAGACCAGGCUUCGGUCGCUGAUAACUUUUGGAUGCGAGCUAUUCCUCAGUCUGCUUGCUCUGCAACAAAUGACAACGCGGAUAAUAUCAGGGGUAUUGUAUCCUACACUGAUACUGCCUCGGAACCUGAAACUACUGGAUAUGAUUACGAAGAUUCUUGCGACGACGACAGCUCAAAUAUUGUGCCGUAUAUCAGCAAAACUGUGGGAAGCACCGACGCUGUUACGGACGAGGUGGCAGGCAUCGCAAUCACCAAUGGGCUUUUUAAAUGGACUCUCAACAGCACAUCUAUGUUGGUCGAUUGGGCUAACCCUACACUGAAGCAAGUCAUGGAAGAGGUGACGGAUUUUGAAACCGACGACUCCGUCCUCCAGCUCCCUGAUGCAAACGUGUGGGUAUAUUUGGUGAUUGAGACGACCUUAGCUAUCCCCCAUCCAAUUCACCUUCACGGCCAUGACUAUUUCGUACUCGCUCAAGGCACGGGUUCAUAUUCCAGCAGUGUCACACUUAACCUGGAUAACCCGCCUCGCCGAGACACUGCCAUGUUGAACCCUAGUGGUUACCUCGUACUGGCAUUCGAGACUGAUAACCCUGGCGUUUGGCUCAUGCAUUGUCACAUUGGCUGGCAUACGAGCGAAGGGUUUGCAUUGCAAUUCGUGGAGAGAUACGAUGAAAUAGCAGCCAUUACCGACUCGGACCUGCUCACGGAUACCUGUUCGAGCUGGUCGACAUUCCAGUCAUCGGAAGGUGUUGACCAGGAUGACUCUGGGAUUUAAAAUCGGAAUGGAGAAUAUCGGGUUACCUUUCUUUACUUAGAAACAUCAACAAUACUACUUGGGGAGAAGUUCGUCGGUACAGUUGUUUAUUAUGUAUAUUUGUAUAUUAUUAGGUG